CAAUCACCUCUCCGCAUCUGCGGCCGCUGCCCUGGAGUCUGAGCGCUCUCCGCACCCCUCCAGAGCUCCUAUUGGCCGUGGCAGACGUCCGUCGGCCGCUAUCCCCGCCCCAACGCGGAAGCGGCGGGGUCCCGGGGUUCCGACAGCCGGUGCGUCCAGGCCAUGGGGCAGCCCUGGGCGGCCGGGGUCGCGGAGGGGGCGCCCGCGCGGCUGCCUCUCGUGCUCACGGCGCUGUGGGCCGCGGCCGUGGGCCUGGAGCUGGCUUACGUGCUGGUGCUGGGUCCCGGGCCGCCCCCGCUGGGACCCCUGGCCCGGGCCUUGCAGCUCGCGCUGGCCGCCUUCCAGCUGCUUAACCUGCUGGGCAACGUGGGGCUCUUCCUGCGCUCGGAUCCCAGCAUCCGGGGCGUGAUGCUGGCCGGCCGCGGCCUGGGCCAGGGCUGGGCUUACUGCUACCAGUGCCAAAGCCAGGUGCCGCCACGCAGUGGGCACUGCUCUGCCUGCCGAGUCUGCGUCCUGCGUCGGGACCACCACUGCCGCCUGCUGGGCCGCUGCGUGGGCUUCGGCAACUACCGGCCUUUCCUGUGCCUGCUGCUUCAUGCCGCUGGCGUCCUGCUCCACGUCUCUGUGCUGCUGGGCCCGGCCCUGUCAGCCCUGCUGCGAGCCCACACGCCCCUCCACACCGCUGCCCUCCUCCUGCUUCCCUGGCUCAUGCUGCUCACAGGCAGAGUGUCUCUGGCACAGUUCGCCCUGGCCUUCGUGACGGACACGUGUGUGGCGGGCGCGCUGCUGUGUGGGGCUGGGCUGCUCUUCCACGGGACGCUGCUGCUGCGGGGCCAGACCACGUGGGAGUGGGCUCGGGGCCAGCACUCUUAUGACCUGGGCCCCUGCCACAACCUGCAGGCAGCCCUGGGGCCCCGCUGGGUCCUCGUGUGGCUCUGGCCCUUCCUGGCCUCCCCACUGCCUGGGGAUGGCAUCACUUUCCAAACCAAAGCUGAUGUGGCCUCCUGACUCCAGGAAGAGCCAGAACUGUACAGGGAGGAGGGCCGAGGGGGAGGGGGCCCCACCCCGAGGCUCAGGAGGGCAGUCGGUUGGCCUGUAAUGGCUGCAUUGCACCUCCAGCCCCUCCCUUGGCCUCACCUCUGCCCGGCUUGGACUCCUGUGUGUUCGGGGCUUAGGCCCUGCGACUCUGCCUCUUUUGGCUGAAGAGUGCAGAGGUGUGUGGCAAGGCUGCUCUGCCAGCCUUGCUUCCCCUUUGCCAGGUUAAUAAAGUGCGCACUCGGUCCCCCCGCCUCCAUCUUUGCAGGGUUUCUAGCCCCUCACUUUGUUGCUGGCGCUGCUGUUUCUGGUUCCUCUGGUUGUCAGGCCUAGGAACCCCAGAACAGCCGAGGGUCUGAGGGGCCAGGUGGGGGUGUCCUUGUGACCCAGGCCAUGGGAAUCCAAUGUUCUUUCCCAGGUGCAGCAUUUUAUAGUUAGAAGCAUUUCUGCAACGGCAGUGUCAGACCCUUUCUUAGCUAACCUACUAUAAUUAUGCCCCUUAUUGUGUGAGUGAAAAACGUGAAGCUCUGAGAGUUGAUAAGAUCAUGGUUUAGUAAAUGGCAGAGCCAGGCAGGAUUUGAACCCAGGUUUUUGUGCUUUCGCCUUCACCCCUGCACAGCUGAAGGAAGUGGGUAGGGAGAAAGCCAAGGCUAGGAAAUGCGCUGGGGACGUCUAGGCAUCUGCCAAGGGCUGUGUGGGCUUCGAGGAGCUACUUGUUAAACAUUUGUAUGUAAAUACAGUAAAUAGAGAAACUGCCAGUUAACGCCUUCUCUAGUUCUCUUAGGAUCUCACUAAAAUGAUAGUAAAGAAAUAAGAAAUAUAAGUACUUACAAGGGGAAAGAAAACAGGAGAGGAGACAGCAGUAGACCAAAGUGCCUGACAACGUUUGGAGAGAUGGAAAGUGGAUGGAGGCUUAUCUACUCUCUUAGCAGGGCGUUACAAGUUGAACUUGUGCGUUUCCAAAGCCGGGGCCGAGAGGCAAGCAGACUGCUCCCCCAAACCCUGGAGAGGCUGAGGAAUCCCAGCACCACGGAAGGCGAGGUGAGGCUCCCGGCCAACAGCGUGGACCAGUGGGACGUCUGUAUACGGAGCAGGAGAUGUGCCCCCCCUCUAGGCCCACCCUAGUCCGCAGCCCAGCAGCUCCCCCCUGGGGCGGGGCUGGGGUUACUGAAGGAGAGGCUGAACCAGAGGCGCUCUGGGUCUCAGGCACUGGGGAGGUAGGGGUGAGGGGCUGGACCAAAAAUGGGGUUAGAUGAAAGUCCCCAGAUACUGCUGGGGUAUCCUCCCAUGAACUGGCAGGCUUGCCCCCCAGAGGAACCCAUCCUCUGACAGGCUUUGCCAUGGCCACGGAUGUUGGAGCUUCUCGGUCGUUUGUCCGUCCAAAAGGCAUGCUCUGUUACUAUUUUUAACAAUAAGAACUUGGUGUGUGUGCCUGGCGCAGUGGGCUACACAGAAGCAUUAGCAGACUCGUCCUCUUUCACACCUUACCCUGCCCUGCAGAAGAUUGCAUUUUCAUUUUUUUUCUUUUUAUUAGUGAGGAGAUACAAAAUAAAGAGAAACAGCAUCCUCCACCCCCUUUGAGAAAAUUACUAUUUCCUUCAAGUUCCUGCUGUGCCCUCCUGGGUUGGGGGGGCUGCUGUCCUGUCAAUCAUUCCCUUGCUUUGUAGUUGUAUUGCGUAUGUUUGUAUUGGUUUUGCAUGUUUUUGAAUUUUAUAUAAAUGAAAUCACACCGAGUUUGUUCUUCUCUGACUUGCCAUUUCACUCAACACUGUUUCUGAGACGCAUCCAAAUGACCGCGUGCGCGCAGCUGCAAAGGGUUCCCUGCCCUGCUGUACAGCGACCUGUUGUAUUUGCCACUAUUGGUUUUUCUGUUUAGUUCCACUGCUCAGUAUAUUUACCUGUCUCCUUUGGGAAGCAUCCACUAAGAUCUGUUCUUGGCCUUUGCUGCUCCAUGUAAAUUUUAGAAUCAGCUUGUCAGGCUCCACCAAUAAAAAUUCCUUUGAGAUCACAAAUGGAACUCAACUGAAUCUAUAGAUCAGUUCGGAUAAAAUCAGCAUCUACAUAAAAUUCAGUUCUCACAAACGUGGUGUAUUUCUCCAUUUAAUGUUUUCAAUAAAGUUAUAAACUUUUUCUCAUAAA